CAUCUGGAUGCUUCAGCCCAUCGUCAACUUUGUCUUGCUUUCAGAGGAUGAGCUCCAAGCUAGCUACUGGAACAAAAAAGGGAGGGAUGCUCUUCAUGCGGCCCUAAAUAGCCCACGUAAUGUACACCAAGCCAAGAAUGUUAUUCUCUUCCUGGGCGACGGUAUGGGCAUAUCAACAGUGACUGCUACCCGGAUCCUUAAAGGUCAGUUGGCAGGAAGAUCUGGGGAGGAGACCAGUCUAGUUAUGGAUUCCUUCCCCCACCUGGCAUUGUCCAAGACGUACAAUGUAGAUAGGCAGAUGCCAGACAGUGCUGGCACAGCAACAGCCUACCAGUGUGGUGUGAAAGCUAACUAUGGCACCUUGGGACUCACCGCUGCUGCCCCAAGGUACAACUGCCAGGCUUCCUUUGGACAGGAAGUCACAUCUGUUCUUCACCGCGCCAAGGAAGCAGGAAAAUCAGUUGGCAUUGUCACUACAACCAGAGUGCAACACGCCUCCCCCGGUGCAAGCUACGCUCAUACUGCCGACCGAGGCUGGUACUCUGACGCUGAUCUCACAAGUGAGGCUGUCCAGAACGGCUGCCGUGAUAUUGCUUACCAGCUGGUUUACAACACAGAGAUAAAUGUCAUUCUUGGUGGAGGUCGCACCUAUAUGUUUCCCAAAACAACUAAAGACCCCGAGUAUUCAAGCAGGACAGGAGAACGACAGGAUGGAAAAAAUCUUGUUGAAGAGUGGUUAAAGAACAAAGAGAAUGCUCAAUAUGUUUGGAACAAGAGCCAGCUUGAUUCUGUCAAUCCUUCAACUACAGACUUUCUGAUGGGUCUGUUUGAGCCCAAAGACUGCCGCUACGAGUUGGAGCGCGACCCCGCAAUGGACCCAUCCCUUACAGAGAUGGUAGAGAAAGCUAUUAAGAUCCUCAGCAAGAACCCCAAAGGAUUUUUCCUCUUUGUGGAAGGGGGGAGAAUUGACCAUGCUCACCACGGAGGGAUGGCCAAAAAGGCGCUCCAUGAAGCUGUAGAGUUUGACCGAGCAAUCGGGAGAGCUGCUGAGCUCACCAGUGAGCUGGACACUCUGUCUGUAGUCACUGCAGACCAUUCUCACGUUUUUGCUUUUGGAGGCUAUUCUCCCAGAGGAAACCCUGUUCUAGGGGUCUCUGAUAGCCUGGCUGAAGACAAAAAACACUUCACCACUGCUGUGUAUGGGAAUGGACCAGGAUACCAGAUUGCCAAUGGAACUCGUCCAGAUGUGAAUGCAUCAGUUUCAACGGAUGACAACUACCUCCAGCAGGCUGCUGUCCCUCUUGAUUCAGAGACCCACGGCAUAGAGGAUGUAGCCAUCUUUGCCAAAGGUCCCAUGGCACACCUUUUUGAUGGAGUCCAGGAACAGAGCUACAUUGCUCAUGUGAUGGCUUAUGCUUCAUGCAUAGAGCCCUACACUGACUGCAAAAUACCUGAACUCAGCCAUGCUGUAGCAAACCACUCCAGCCUGCUGCUUCUUCUGAUGAGCCUUCUUUUCAUUAUGUUCAACUCUGUCUGAGAUCCUGACCCUGGAAAUGUCAGUGCUAUCUGACAAUCUGGUUGAGGAAUAAAUUAUGUUUUACUGUACUGUAUGUAAUACAGUACAUAUUAUAUUGUUUAGACAACUUUGCUGUGAAAUUAUUGCAUAAAUCAAUGACUUAAUGUUGU